CGCAAGGAGCUUGCGUUGCAAGCGCAAAGACAACUGUUCGAGAAAGACUGGCGCGAUCUGGAAAACCUUACCGACCGGGACACCAGAAAGCCAUCGCACGAGGCCAAGCUGACCCUGGGUGACAACUCCACCUCCUUCACCAAGGAACGUCCCGCUAUCUACAACCCAUAUCCCAAGUACAACUCAAAGGAAUGGUUGGCCACCCAUGCCCUGUAUGUGCCUUGCAUUGGAGCCACGGGAGACGAAGUCGAGGAUAUCAAAGUCUUCAGGGGCCGCCCGCGCAACUUCCCCGACCCCGGCUUUGGAAGCUACAGCACGCUUGGACUUGACCGCAACCUUUGCUUCGAAAGAGAGACUCGGAUGGGCCAGUACGGAGUAAACCCGGUGAUGGAUAAGGACGGCCAGCCGGUCAACUGGGACAAGGUCAACUGGGGCGAGUUGCAAUCCAAAUGUGUUGAUCAGAAUCAGGCACGUUUUGCCACGAGCGGUCCGCCGAACGCCUAUGUCGACGAGGAGGAGGACAGCGAGCCUUCCCCCGACCUGAAAAAGUACGACGAGUCUGCCGAGAAGCAGACGCCCAAGGACCUGUUGGCUACAUUCAGACGGUUCUGGCGUGGUCCGGAUGCCCGCCCGCUUCGCUCAAGAUCGAUUAAGGGCGUCUUCGAGAACAAGCGCGCGUACAAUUCGACCGUCAAGGCCAGAGAGGCCAGAACCGCCAUUCUGCUGCGAUCCUACACCGGAAAGGAGUACAAUGAUAACGACAAACAAGCCAUUCGGUCGCUCAUUACAGAGCUCAGCCUGCGAACUGGUGGAGAGUAUCAGGUUUUCUUGUUUGUGCAUUACAGAGAAGACGAGUUCGAUAUCUGGGCUAGCGAGGACCUGUACCGUCAAGCGAUUGAGAAGCACGUUCCCGAGGAGCUCCGCAGCAUCACCAUUCUUUGGACCGAGGGAGCCGUUGACAAGAUGUACCCCAAGCUCACUGUCAAGGCGAGGAAGGUGCACAACGGCCAGUUCCUGCCUGUCCAGAUGUUUAUGCAGGAGUUCCGGGAAUUCGACUAUGUUUGGAACUGGGAGAUGGACUCACGGGUGGUUGGCCAUCACUACAAUGUGCUCAACAAGUUGGCUGAGUUUGGCCGCAAGCAGCCUCGACGGGGACUCUGGGAGCGCAACGAGCGCUUCUACAUCCCUUCUUACUAUGGAGGGUUCGAGUCCAAGUUCCGCCAAACGGUGGAGAGACAAGUCGGGGAUGAGACGAUUUGGGGCGCUCCCAAGCUUCCUGUUGUCAACCCUGUCGGUCCCAAGCCACCAGUCGAGAAUCCCAAGGACGACAAUUACAAAUGGGGUGUUGGUGAGGAGGCCGAUCUGAUCACCCUGGCGCCCAUAUUCAAUCCAGUCAACAGCGGCUGGAUUAUGCGCAACCAGGUGUGGGGAUACCGAAACCUGAACUUCCCAUGGGGCAAGCUACCUCGCCGGGCUACGAUCAUUACUCAAGUCAGAGCGUCAAGGAGGUUGAUUGACGUGAUGCAUGCUGAGGAUCUCAGAGGCAACCACGUCGCCUCCGAAAUGGUUUCUCAGACCACCGCUCUCCUCCACGGACUGAAGGCUGUGUAUGCGCCCAUGCCAGUCUACUUUGACCGGGCGUGGAGCGGCAGCCAGCUGGCCAAGUGGUUCAACGGAGGCCCCAAGGGGCAAAGUGGCAGCUUCGGCAGCGCCAUGGGAUGGGGACAAGAGGGGAGAUACCUGGGCAGCACAUGGUACUACCGUGCCAUUCCACCUCAGCGAUUGUACAACAACUGGAUGGGGUACGAGGACACUGGCAUCGGCGGCCCCGAGUGGGAGCAGAAGCACGGGAGGACAUGUCUUCCUUCGAUGAUUCUGCACCCGAUCAAGGAGGUGAAGCCAACGGAGAAGGGGUAUUCGACUGAUUCGAAGCUUCCUUAUGAUUGA